AUGGCUCAGUCUGAUGGUAUCGACGUCGCAGUCGGCACUCAGACCCUGGUUCCAGGCACUGAGGGCCUCAACAACCCUGGCGUGGCGAGUGAUGACUUUGAACAUCAGCCUGACAGCGUAGAACAACAAGGUCAAUCAGUCUGCAGCUACGAGUAUCAAGAAGAUGAAGACGAAGGCCUCGCUCAUCGAUAUCACAACGCCAACGGGGAGGCUAUCGAAGAAGAGUUUCUUAAUCAUGAUCAGGACACACCUGUUGCCUCAGUUGAGCAACAAGACGCCCCAGAUAUCCUCAUGCACAACAGCUCUGAACAAGCACCACAAAUCGGUGACAACGACUCCACCUCAUUAUUCAUCCCUGAGAAAGGCCCCUCUCCGCCAAGGAUCGGUCCCCGACAAACCUCCCUCGUGCCUAUGAACCGUCCGUUACUCUCUGCCUCCCAUCACCAGAAGAAGCCUGGUAUGUCAGUCGUCAACAGGAUCAAAACCAUGCAGAGAAAGAGGCAGGAACAAAAGCUUGUCGCCAGCAGACAGAGUUCAAAAUAUCAUACCAACACCAACCUUGAUAACGAGGCAUACCUUGAGGCCGUUGUGCAAGAGCAAUCAUCAUCUAUCGCAGCUCCGCCUGUCGAUUCCGACGAUGUUACAGACAAACAGGCAGCCAUAGAAUUCGAGAAGCAGAAGCGCUAUUAUGAUGAGAUCAAGAAGGAGAAUGGCGGUCUUACAUUCAAACAAGAUGUUGAGUGGAUGAAGAUCAAAGGUGCUGAAAUAGCUAGGAAGAGAAAGCGAGCUCGCGAUAUCGCGAAAGCAGGAGAGGAAAAUGAAGACGACCCAGAACUGUUCCCAGAAUUCCACCUCCCAACGAACAACGAGCAAGAAAAGGAUUCUGAGUACGGUUCCGACCUCGAGGAUUCCGAACCCCGUAAGCGUUUCCGACCAAUGCCGACGAAAGAAGGGAAGCAAAUGACGAUGCAGGAAGCUGAACUUCAGAGUAUGCGAGUCGCUUUGGAGGCUGAAGGUGACCUACCGCGAAAGAAGAAGGGGAACGCGGUCGACGAUACUGUGGAGGCCUUAAUACCCCCUGGUUCUGGAAAGGGACCCAAAGGAAAAUCCACAGGAAAACCCAUAAAGGCCAAGUCUGGCCCUAAGAGACCCCCCAAGAGCCGUGUGAACAAGGCCGCAGGAAAGAAAGCUAUAGGCCAUGCAGUCAAACAAGCAGCUUCACUUCUUAAUGCCAACGUCUUCCAGCAACAAGCUGGCGCAAAUGCAGUUGAACAGCCUACAUUCAGAUCGAGAAAAAAGGCAGAUGCAUUGAAAGAGCUCAUCUCUAGCAUACCUCUGGAGGAUCAGAAGAAAGCAAGGGGCGACAUGAACACCUUGCUUCUCGCAACAAAAGACUUUGAUGGCAGGGGCAGUGUCAAGGCAGAUGGCAAAGGCUUCUGGAAAGUCAAAGGCAUGAGCACCUCGCUCAAACCCUACCAGGUACUUGGUACCGCCUUCAUGCGUCGCCGAGAAAACGCGGCGGAAGAGCCAAGGGGCGGCUUAAUGGCUGAUCAAAUGGGACUUGGCAAGACCCUCAUGAUGAUAGCAAAUAUGGUAAACGGUCGACCGGCCAAGAACGACAAAGGCCCCAAGACGACUCUGCUUGUUGCAAGCCCUGCACUGUUGACCCAAUGGAAGAGCGAAAUCGAAUUGCAUACCGAUGCAUCGAAAGUCAAGAUAAAGAUCAUGCGUUACGGCGCUGGUACACGCCUUGAUUCGACCAAUGCAAAUGAGAUCCUAGCCGGGCACGACAUCAUCCUCACUACAUAUACCGAGAUCAUGAAGUCGUACCCCAAGAACGAACCGCCCAUCCAGUGCCAGACCGCCCAACAGAAGAUAGAUUGGUGGGAAGAAGUCUUCAGAACGCAGAGGGGUCCAUUGCACCGCAUGAUGUUCUUGCGCGUCGUUCUUGACGAGGCUCAGGCUAUCAAGAACCACAUGUCGCGAACAUCAAUCGCCUGCCGGGCUCUUAUGGCGCAUCAUAAGUGGGCUCUUAGUGGCACUCCGAUUCUGAACAGUUUGGUCGAGCUCUACCCCUACUUCAAGUUCCUUAAUGUUCCGCAUACUGGCAGCUUCAAGAUCUUCAAGCACAACUACUGCGAGGGGAAUAGUGUGGAGAACACUGAGAGAUUGCUCGUGCGGCUUUCGCAAUUCAUGAUCCGACGCACUCAUGCGGACGAGAUGUUUGGAGCUCCCAUACUAAAGCUCCCUCAAGCCGACCAGACGACGUAUUGGUGUAAAUUCAACUCUGUCGAGAGGAGAAUCUACGAUAUCGUCCGCACGCGUUUCGCCAAGUGCAUCAACAUGUGGGCGCGGGAGGGUACCCUGGACAAGUCGUAUAGCAACGCAUUGGUGAUGCUUCUUCGACUUCGUCAACUAACAGCUCACAUUCUCAUGCUCCAGUUUGUCGUCCGUGAUCUGCUCGAGCGCGAAGACAUCGAGGCCAUCAGAGAGGUGGUCGACAAGGAGGCAGAAGAUAGUAGCGAGCGCGGAGGGCAUACAAUCACCGCUGUCCGUAAGCAGCUCGAUAAAGUUGCGGCUGAUCAGAGGAAGAGGACUGCCGCUCUUGAAGCCAAGAAGGCUGCCACCAAAGCCAGAAAGACUGCCGCCAAAGCCGCCGCCAAAGCUAGACACGAGGAGUACGUAUCAGACAAUGACAACGACGACGACGACGACGAGCUCUUAGAAGAAGACGCCGAUGAGGGCAUUAACUGCGAGUCUCUAGAGGGCACACAUCCAGACUUCACCGCGGGUGGUGAGUUCGGCAAGGAGUUCAACUUUAAGCCCUUCUUGAACAGUCUUAAGACCGGAGAGAGCUGGGAAAAGACUAAACAGAAAGCCAAGUGCAGCUGGUGUGGUAAACAACCACGACAGCCACAAUUGACAUCCUGUGGCCAUCUGAUAUGCAGGGAACCUUGCUAUGAAGAAAUUCUUGUUGAGAUGGCUGAGAACGACAACGUCGAUGUAUUUCCGCCGUGCAAAGCGUGUGGUAAGAUCCCCACAGCCAUUCACCCCUGCGAGGUCGACGACGAGGGCAUACCAGAUGCACCAGCGCAAGGCACACGAGCCAAGACCAAGAAGAAGCAGGAUCAGAUGCGCGAUCGGCAGAAACGCGAAGAUAUUGCUGACGACUGGCUCGCUUUGGCUGGGGAUGACGUUCUACCAUCUGCAAAGACGAUCGCCGUCAAGAGUCAGAUCAUGAACUGGCUGAAAGAGAACCCUCACGUCAAGAUCAUUGUCUAUACUCAGUUUCUGCCAAUGAUCCGCAUCUUGGCACGCGUUUUCAGAGGGGAAAACUGGCAGACAGAGCAGUACUACGGCGGCAUGAGUCUGGGCGCUCGUGAUAAGGCCAUCAGCUCCUUCGCUGAGAACCCUGACUGCAAAAUCAUGUUAGCGUCUCUCCGCUGCGGUGGCUUGGGUCUCAACCUUACUAUGGCGUCCAAGGUCAUCAUGAUCGACCCUUGGUGGAACUCGGCCUCUGAACAGCAAGCUUUCUGCCGUGUCUUCCGUAUCGGCCAGCGCGAGGAGACAUUUAUGAGCCGGCUCUGUGUCAAGAACACGGUGGAUGAGCGCCUUAUCGCGAUGCAAGAGCGCAAGCAGAAUGAGAUUGCUUCGGUCAUGGAGGACGAUGGAAAGACGAUGAAGAAGAUGGACACACGCUCGCUGAUGCGGCUGUUUGGUAACCUGGAGGAGGAUCCCGAUGGCAAGCCGUUUAUCAUGGUCGAUAACCCGGACCCACGCGGCGGCUUCCGGGCUGAUCAAGACGAUGAGGGUUAUGCCGACGACUUGUAG